UGGUGUUUUUUUCAAGAAGAUCUCCUUUGGGGUUGAGAACACACAUCUUCAGUUGUGUUGACUGUCAGUGUUCACAGUGUCGCAGUAGGUAACGAGAAGCACGACUGCUUUGAAGAGACGCAUUCAUUCAUCCAAAAUCUGAAGACGGAAAUAAGCAUGGCAUUUGCAGGGAUUUUGAAAGAAGAGGACAUCUCCGCAGCAGUUGAGGCUUGCCAAGAUCCAGGCACCUUCUGUCACAAGUCCUUCUUUGAACAAGUGGGGCUCCUCGGCAAAUCAAACAUAGAUAGUCAGAAGGUGUUUAAAGUCCUUGACCAAGACAAGAGCGGCUUUAUUGAGGAAGAGGAGCUCAAAUUCUUUCUCCAGAACUUCAUGGAAGAAGCCAGAGAGCUGACAGAUGCUGAGACCAAAGCUUUCCUAGCUGCUGGAGACUGUGAUGGAGAUGGAAAAAUUGGGAUGCAAGAAUUCUGUCUGCUGCUAAACUAAAAUUAUGAAUUAUCUGCCUAAAAUAUUUCUUACUUACAUACCUAUUCUUACUUAUGUAAUGAGAAUGAGAAUGUUCAGUUGUAAUGAUCAGA